UAGAAGUAGAGGUAUAGUGACUAGGUGAGUCAAAUUCGUGGACCCCUCAUUUCCAACCUUCUCCCAUUCAUCUUCCCAAUCCAUAUCACUGCUAUCUCCAAAACCCUACCCUUCCUCUUCUCUCUCCGAUCGAUUCCAUGUUUUUUCCAUUCUAAUUCUUUCCAUUUCCCUCCCUUUCCACCAUGGAUUCUGCUCCCAAUCUUUCUCUUCAUUCUCAAAACCACACCUCCACUCACUGCCGUGUCAAGGGCUUUCUCGUCUACACUCGCCGCAAACGUUCUCUUCAUUCCGCCAAUGAUGCAGCCAAAAGACUCAAAACUGAAGAAAUUAAAACAGAAGAAUCUCAUGAUGAGGACUCCGUGUUCAAGCUCCCCAGAGUGGACUCUCGAGAGGACCCCAAUUCUGCCGAGGAAUUAAUCAAGACUGAAUUGAAUACUCCACAGAAGAAGAUUGUGGUGGUCAGUAAGAAACCCGUCACCGUCAAGGAGCUCUUUGAAACUGGUUUGCUAGAGGGCGUUCCGGUCGUUUACGUCGGUUGCAAGAAGGAUUCAACUUCGGAAUUGCGGGGUGUAAUUACUGAUGGUGGGAUCUUGUGCUCGUGCCGUCUGUGCAAUGGAUGUAGGGUUAUUCCACCUUCCCAAUUUGAGAUUCAUGCAUGCAACAUAUAUAAGAGGGCAGCACAAUAUAUUUGCCUUGAAAAUGGGAAGAGCUUGCUUGAACUAUUGAGAGCAUGCAGGGCAGCCCCGCUACAUACUUUGGAGACGACCAUUCAAAAUUUUGUUAGUUCUCCACCUGAGGAAAAGUAUUUUACUUGCAAAAGUUGCAGAGGAUGUUUUCCUGCUUCCAAUGUGGAAAGAGUGGGCCUUUUGUGUCUAUCAUGUGUGGAAUCAAGAAAAUCUGAAAGCAGUUCUAUUCAUGCUGUUGGCAAAAGAGUCAGGUCCCCUCGGCCAGUAUUAUUCUCCCGUUCAUGUUCUUGUUGUAGUUCUGAAUUAUGUAUUUCUCCUCAAACUAAGAGACACUGGAAGACAAGAACAAAAUCAUCAAAACUAUCAUUAAAGUUGAAGACUGCUCCAAUUACUUCAAAGUGUUUAUCUCCACAACAUAAAAAUCAGUGGAGGAUCUCUAAAAGGUAUCAGCGAAUACAUAAAUUGAUUUUUGAAGAGGAUGGAUUGCCUAAUGGGGCUGAAGUAGCUUAUUAUGCACGUGGACAGAAACUGCUUGAGGGUAUCAAAACACGCUAUGGAAUUGUCUGUCGAUGCUGCAACACUGAGAUCAGCCCCUCACAGUUUGAAGUCCAUGCAGGCUGGGCUUCUCGCAGGAAACCUUAUGCAUACAUCUACACAUCGAAUGGGGUUUCACUCCAUGAGUUAGCUAUAUUUCUCUCGAAAGAUCACAAAUGCACUACAAAGCAGAAUGAUUAUGCAUGUGUAGUUUGUUGGGAUGGUGGAAACCUGUUGCUCUGUGAUGGAUGUCCAAGGGCCUUUCAUAAAGAAUGUGCAUCUGUAUCAAGCAUUCCCCGGGGUGAGUGGUACUGUCAAAUUUGUCAACACACAUUUCUCAGAGAAAGGCCUGUGUUAUACAAUGCUGAUGCUGUGGCAGCUGGAAGGGUAGAAGGUGUUGAUCCCAUUGAGGAGAUUGCCAAGAGAUGCAUUCGCAUAGUAAAAGACAUAGGAGCUGAGAUUGGUGGAUGUGUUUUAUGCAGGAGUUCUGAUUUCAGCAGAUCAGGAUUUGGUCCUCGUACAAUUAUAAUCUGUGAUCAGUGUGAAAAGGAAUAUCAUGUUGGUUGCUUGCGGGAUCGUAAGAUGGCAUUUCUGAAGGAGUUACCAGAAGGGGAUUGGCUUUGUUGCAACGAUUGCACCAGAAUACAUACUACUUUGGAGAAUCUCCUGGUUACGGGGGCUGAGAGACUCCCUGAAUCUCUUUUGGAUGUUAUAAAGAAGAAGCAUGUAGAAAGAUGUUUAGAACCCCUUAAUGAGAUUGAUGUAAGAUGGAAACUUCUUAAUGGAAAAGUUGCGUCUCCUGAAACUAGGCCAUUGCUUUUGGAGGCAGUGGCCAUGUUUAAUGAAUGCUUUGAUCCUAUAGUUGAUCCAGCUGCUGGACGUGACCUCAUUCCUGCCAUGGUUUAUGGAAGGAAUUUGCAGACUCAAGAUUUUGGAGGAAUGUAUUGUGCAUUAUUGAUCGUCAAUUCAUCGGUGGUAUCUGCGGGCAUGCUUCGAAUUUUUGGUGAGGACAUUGCCGAACUCCCCAUAGUUGCAACAAGAUAUAAGAACCGUGGGAAGGGCUACUUCCAAACACUUUUCUCGUGCAUUGAGAGGCUGCUGGCUUUCUUGAAAGUGAAAAAUCUUGUGCUACCGGCUGCUGAAGAAGCAGAAUCUAUAUGGACAGAAAAAUUCGGAUUUAGCAAGAUGAAACCCGAUGAGCUUACCAACUAUAGAAUGAACUGCCAUCAGAUCAUGGCAUUUAAGGGGACUAUAAUGCUUCAUAAAACGGUACCUCGAUGUCGUGUCAUCAAUACUCAAUCAUGAGAAAUCCAUAUUCAAGAAAGCCUAUCGUGAAAAGGGAAAACCCUACCUUUCUCGUUUCCAUUUUUUUUUCAUUCACUUGUUCUGUAUAUGUAUCGACGUUAGGUUAUUUGUAGCCAUUCGUGAGCCUAUACAUCAUAUUCGUUUAACGUUUAUAAUGCCAUUUCCUAUUUUUAAGUUUUA